UUUGCAGGGAGAGAGGUGGUGAGGGGAGUGAGACAAUACAAAAUUUACACCUCACACACACACACACACACACUCUCUUUCUCUCUCUCCCCUAACUCACUCACCCCUCUCUUUAUCUUCUUCUUUCUGGGUUGAUACUCUUUUAUUAAUCAGUGGGGUUUUUCUGUUUUUCUCUGAUUUUAAUCAGUUGAUUAAUUGGGAUGGAGUUUGAGGAUCAAGAGGAGCACGAAGAGGAGAUGGAGAUGACGGCGAAUUACGACUCGCUUGGCAACUCCGUCGGAGGCCGAGUCAAAAUGUCGAGUUCUGGACCAGAUGGUUUGGCGCUAGCAGCAGCAGCAGCUGCAGCUGCGGCGGCGACUCAGCAGCAGCAGCAACCGAGGAAGGCUGUGAGGUACAGAGAGUGCUUAAAGAACCACGCCGUGGGGAUUGGAGGCCACGCGCUGGACGGGUGCUGCGAGUUCUUGGCGGCUGGCCCGGAGGGCACGCUCGACGCGCUCAAGUGCGCCGCCUGCAACUGCCACCGCAACUUUCACCGAAAGGAGGGUGACCCGCCCGGACACGGUCUCGGAGUCUUAACCGACGCGUACGGGCAGCUGGUACCGCACCACGGGCAGCAACACCACCCCCAUUUCUCGCCGUACUACCGGACUCCAGCUGGGUAUCUACACGUGGCGGCGCACCACAGGCUGCUGGCUUUGCCGGCGACUUCGGGAGGGGGAGGGACCCACAGCGGGGGGCAAGAGCAGGAUGACGACGUGUCAAAUCCCAGCGGGGGCGGGGGCGGUGGCGGAGGGAGUGGGGGUUUGGGAAUGGGGAUGGGUAUGCACGGAACGGCGUCGUCGGGGAAGAAGAGAUUUAGGACAAAGUUCAGUCAGGAGCAGAAAGAGAGGAUGUUGAGCUUGGCGGAGAGGCUGGGGUGGAGGAUUCAGAAGCAGGACGAACCGGCGGUUCAGCAGUUCUGCAACGAGACCGGAGUGAAUCGCCACGUGCUCAAGGUUUGGAUGCAUAACAACAAACACACUCUGGGUAAGAAACCCUAGCUACUUAGCUAGCUGAGUUUAUAUGCUUAUAACUUAAGCACAAAACAAAACAAACCCCGAAAACCAAACAAUGAACAUGAACAAGAACCCACAACAAGUACAUCGUCGUUGUCGUUGUUUGAUCUCUUCUCAUAUUUUGUAUUUAUUAUAAUUGAGCUAGCUAGCAUGUGGUAGUGGUAUUUUAUCAGUUAUGGGCCAUUCUUCUAAUGUUUUGGUCAAGAAAAUGAUGAAUGUGCCUGCAGCUGACUUUGUUGAGAAAAAAUCUACUACUUUUUCUCCGGAUUUUAGUGUUUUAGCUAGGGUUUCGUUUAGUUUAAUUGGGUAGCUAGUCGUUGUAGUGGAUCAUCCGUGUUAUUUGAACACUUGAUUUAGAUGAAUGUUGCCCUUUAAUUUGAACAUUUCAUCAGUACUGCAUGUAAAGUAUUUAUCUAAAUUUGUUCAUCUAGCUAGCAAUGGGUUAAUACUA